AAGGGAGAUGGAGUCAUCCAUCUGCCGUCCAGACUGGGAAACUUGAGAAGUGUGCUGCUUGCCUGGAGCUAGAAUUCAGGAUGUGAUGGAGUGUCUGCGAGGACCACUCCCCCUUCCUACUCCUCCAUGUAGGCGCCAAUGAUACUACAAAGAAUGUCCUUGAGCAGGUCACUGUGGCUCUGGGAAGAGGGAUAAAGGAUUUUGAGGCACAAGUCAUGUUCAUGUCCAUCCUCCCUGUUGAAGGAAAAAGCCCAGGUAGGGACCGUUGAAUUGUCAAGGUAAAUGUGUGGUUACACAGGUGAUGUCGGAGAGAGGGCUUUGGAUUCUUCGACCAUGGGAAGUUGUUCCAGCAAGAAGGAUUGCUAGGAAGAGAUGGAAUCCACCUAAUGAAGAGAGGGAAGAGCAUCUUCGCAGGCAGACUUGCUAACCUAGUGAGGAGGGCUUUAAAAUAGGUUCGCCCGGGGAUGAUGACCUAAGCCUGGAGGUAAGUGGGGAAAUGGGAUACUGGGAGGAAACACAAGGAGGAGGGUGCAACAGGCACUGCAAAAUACAUCCUUUCCAUGGAAAAUACUGUUUUUCUUGAAUGAUCCUGUGCCAUAGAAGGAGACCUUUCCUUGAAAAAAGGCAUUUUUGGUCACUAGCACAUACACAACAGAGAUCCCUUUUGACAGAUGAACAGAAAUAAUAACACAGCAAAACUUUGAGAUGUUGCCAGGCAACUCAAUAGACAGAAAUUAUCCCAGACAGUGCAGUGAUGCUGGAAUUGGAAGCAGAGACUAGUUUAUUUUAAUCUUUAUUUUUCUCUUGUUUGUUGAACUUAGGAGCAAGAGAGAAAUUUAAUUUAUUUACACCCCUCCCCAAACAAUUUUGAUUUCUCAUAAUGACAACAUCCAUUGAUAGGAACAUUCCACUACUUAGUGAUCCUGGCCAUCUUAUUGACUAUGAAAGCAGCUUUGCUGGAUUUUAUUUUUAAAUACACACACAAAGAAUACUCAGCUGACCUGUUGGACCAAAACCCAGCAGUAACUGUCAAGGCUGACAAACACACUAAAAGCAUACAACUCAGAAAAACAUGAAGUAUUGCAUUUUCCCAUUGUGGCACUUUCAGUCCUAAUGUAGUCCGUGUGUGUGUGUGUGUGAGAGAGAGUGCGUGCGUGUGCACACACACACACACACACACACAAAGAAUUAUAAAUUAGUCCAAUAAAACUUCAUAUAUCUGAGCUACGAAUAAAAUUUUGCUCCUUUCAUGGUAGGACAGACUUCACAAAUUAUCUUUUACUUAUCUCAUUCGGUAGCGCAUACACAUAUAUAAAUAACUGAAGUAACUGCCAGAUGUCUUUUCUCACAUUUUUUCCCAAAACCACACUGAUAAACAGCAAACAAGGAGUGAGCACAGAGCUGUGCUCAUUUCUAACUAAUCAUUUCCAAAAGGAUACACCAAAAUCAUGAAGAGCCACUUAAUAGGAAUUCUUUUGAGCUUCUGGGUUGCUGUCUCACCUGCUUUGUAUUUUCAUUCAGGGGAAAGAGAGGAGAAAUGCAUAAUAGAAGACAUUCCAAGUGAUACCUUGAUUACUGGGAGUUACAAGGUACAGCAAUGGGACAUACAUGAACACAGGUUUCUUGAAUCUGCGCCUGGUUUGGGAAUGUUUGUGACCAUUACAACUCCUACUAAGGAGCUACUGUUGUCAAAAUUGUAUGGUCCACAAGGAACAUUCUCUUUUACGUCACACUUACCUGGGGAGCAUAAUAUCUGUUUGCAGUCUAACUCCACAAAGCUUAUCUCAUUUGGAGGAAGUAAACUGCGUAUCCACUUGGACAUUAGAGUUGGAGAGCAUUUUCUUGAUGAAGCUAUCGCUCAAGCCAAGGACAAAGUUAAUGAAGUUAACUUUAGACUCGGACAUCUAAUUGAGCAAAUUCAUCACAUAUCCAAAGAACAAAACUAUCACAGAGAACGUGAGGAGUACUUUCGAUUGACAAGUGAAGAAACAAACAGCAAUAUCCUGUGGUGGGCUCUUGCACAAACAUUAAUCCUUAUCUUAGUUGGAGUCUGGCAAAUGAAAUGUCUUAAAGAUUUCUUUAUAGCUAAAAAGCUUGUUUAAGACUGAUAGAAGUGAAUAUACUUCUAAAUUAUUCAACAUAUAAUGCAUAAUGUCUACAUUAAUAAAGCACAAAAUGCAAAA